UUGUUCUUCCUCGUCAGAUCUUGUUUGUGCUUCAACAGUGUUUGAACGAAACAGUUCUGCCUUUUCGGAAAGAAAUCUUUAAUUUUUAACAUUCAAAACCCUUGGAAUUGAUUUGAGAAUGUCUGCCAGGUGUCGCCAGAACUACGAUGCAUCCAGCGAAGCUGAAGUGAACAAGCAAAUCAACCUAGAGUUGCAUGCUAGCUACGUGUAUUCGUCCAUGGUGAGAAACAACGUUGAUUUGAAAAGCUUUAAAAUGCGUUCAAUUUACUAACUCUUCUCUAUUAUAGGCCUACCAUUUUGACCGUGACGACGUUGCACUGGCUGGAUUUCACAAAUAUUUCAAGAAAGCCUCUCAUGAGGAGCGAGAACACGCAGAAAAAGUGAGUUUGUUUUCGUUUCGAUAAGAGGCGUCCAUGUUUGAAUUUUAACUGCGUCAUCGCUGUGGCCAUCAUGAAUUUUAACCUUUUUUGUACAUUUCUUUUGUAGUUUAUGAAGUAUCAAAAUCUACGCGGUGGUCGUAUUGUUUUGAAGGAUAUCAAGGUAGUUAAAACAAGAAAUCAUUGUGAUUAUUGAUCCAAUUUUAUAUAUUUUUCAGUGUUCUACGCGAGCUCUAUAAAAUUACGUAAUUUUUAUAGAAGUGACGUACGUUGAAAAUUUUUCAUUCCACCCAAGUAAUCACUGAAUACAUAAGCUAUCAGAACCACACUAUAAUAUAAAACACAGGAUUACAUGGAACCAAAUGCUUGUACGUUCAUUUUAAAUCGCGAUGUAUAUUCUCGAAGUUGAAGUCGAAUUUAAUAGUUCGCACUUCAACACACCCACCUCAGAUAUGUCAAUCAAUGAAAUCAUUCAUGUUGCCGUGCGAAACAUGAAAUAUAUUAAAAGUGAGUUUGGCAACCAACAAGGGCGCGGCAGGAAACAAAAUUACUUACACUUUCGAGGCAAAACAUACAUGUACAUUACUGAACUUUUAUAAUAAAAGCACUUCAAUUUAUAAAUGAAGAACCCUGAAAUUCCCUGAAGUAGCAAUUGUAGUAAAUUCACAUAAAACACCUCAAAUGAAUGUAAAUAACGUAGCUGUUCGAACAACUACUAGGGCUUACUAGAAUGCUCAAGGGAAUACCAUUUGUAGUCGCCUUUGUCUUAGAGUAAGUUGCUAUUGUUGAUGAGCACGCGUUCUCGUUGACUUUGUAAUUUGCAACUAUUGACAUUUUGGAUGGGCAGAUGGUCAAAAGUAUUAUUCUGUGACGUUUUCAUGAAUUUCACUGUGGCAAAAGGAAUAUAAUUUAAAAUCUUACCAGAAGCUAUGCAACACUUGCUGUUUUCAAAACUGGGUAGGUUUUUAUAGAUAAAAACACCAAUUUGACAUUUUGUGUGGCAACUUGAAUUAUGUAUGGGUCGUGUAGCUUUUGCCUACGACAUUUUUCUACUAGCAUUUUUGCUGACUAUUUUUUUCUGCCAGAUGCAUGUAGACACAGAUGCUCUGCCAUAUUUUUGUGAAUUGUUGAGCAAAACGUCCAGACCUUUUAAAUUUUUAAUGCUUUGCUUGCCAGCAAUGGCUGUGUACCGUUGUAGUAAAAGUUCUCGUGUUUAUCCAAAUCAAAGGCUCCCACCUGAUAAAAUUAGCUUUACCUCCUACUAAAAUGUUUCCAAAAUUUCACCAGAUGUUACCUGGCGAGACUUCCCUGGUACAACUGGCACUCCCUAGUUGUAGAUGUGAUUUAGGAUAAUAGGUGUAGUUUAGCAAACUGGUAGACCCUCGUAAACUGCUGAUCAGGUUAGGGUUGGUUAUGAUACUAAACAUGUGUGUGAGAGUAUGUUAUUUAUGUAGGGUUUGCAAAAUUAUGGAUAUAACAUUUUUAAAGCAGGGUGACAUAAAAUACAACUUAGUGUAUUGAUUCUCUAUUAUGUGUGGCCAUAUACAGUAAUAAUGGAUGUGUCCCCUUGGCUGUGGUAAUCAGUUAAGUAUCCUAAUUGUUUGGUUUAUUAAUUAGAAACCUGAGAAAGAUGAAUGGGGCAGUGGUGCGGAAGCCAUGAAGGCUGCGUUGGCUCUGGAGAAGACCGUGAAUGAAGCAUUGUACAAGUUGCAUGAAGUUGCUGUCACCAACAAGGAUGACGAGGUUGGUUACGUUAGAGUAGAUAUACUUGCACCUUUCAGAUCAUAUUGGUAAAAAUAUAAACAUUAGUUAAAAAAACUAUUAUUCUGAAAGUGUAACACUCAGGGUAGAUAAUGAAUAAAGUCUCACAGCACUAUGCCAUACCUGGUGCAACUGGCACUCUCUAGUUGAUGGACCUGGGACUGCUUUCCUGUGCAUGUGUGUGCCAACCUUGAUGUGCUACUAUUCUGAAGUUAAAUUUUGGCAACGUGAAGUGCUGAUCAUUACCCAGCCAACACAGCAUAAGUUUUAUCUUUAGCGGACACUCUCAAUGUAAUAUAUAGCUUUCCUUCAAAGCUUACCAUUAAUCAGAUGAUGGCAGUAAGAUAAUAUUUAUCAAUUCCUUAUUUUGUCUUUUAGAUGGCUGAUUUUAUUGAAAGCAAUUUCUUGCACGAGCAAACUGAAAGCAUUAAGGAAUUGUCAGGUUACAUUACCACUCUUGAGCGUGUUGGUGAAGGAUUGGGUGUAUACCAAUUUGACAAGCUCACAUUGGGUGAUGACUAAUUUCUUACUUGUUGGUGAACUUCAUGUAGUGAGGAUAAUUAAUUAAAUAGCUGAGUAGCAAUGCUGAUUAGAUCGAGUAAAAGAAAAGGGAAAUAAAAAGCAAUUAAAAAGCA